AUGGCCUCCGUCACCCGCUCCAACCGGCGAGCCGAGGGCCUUCAUCAUGCCCAUGACCAUUCUCAUCAUCAUACGCAUCCACAUUCGCACCCGCACCCGCACCAGCACCCGCACACGCACACGCACACGCACACGCAUCAUAUCGCCAGCCCCCUCACGCGUGCGGCCAACCCGCCCGCCGGUCUGUUUGCCUCGACCGACGGCACAAGUCGAGGCGCUCGUCCGAAGCGAGCUCUCGAGCCUGUUGACCGUGAAGUCGAUGCCCUGAAGCCCAAGAAGACGAGGAUCGCCGUGGAAAUCCUCUCCAGACAUCAAUCGCCGGUCGUCCACGGUGUGCGGGCCUCGAAUGUUGUCCCGACUGUUGUCCAGCCUCCAUUUCCGCCGACACCGCCUGCAGCGCUACCGGCCGCGUUGAACACCAUAAUACAAAAGCAUAUCCCUACAACGACAGCAUUUGUACCACCAGUCCUGAUACCUCCUGCGGUCAAUUCCGCCGAAGGGUCAGCUCCGCUUGUGACGGCUGCUCCCCCCAAGCCGAAAUCACCCGUGGAGCUGGAGCCAAAUUUCACCAAACACCAAGCCAAAGUGAUCAAUGGCAUCAAGGCAGAGCUUGACCGGCUACAGCCGCAGCCUGCAUCUACCCGCGAGCAGGGGCGCAAAUUGCGCUCCCAGGAGGCUACUAGGUUCAAGAGCGACUUGUCUGCGUACUUUCCCGAUUAUGACGAAGUGAUCGGAAACGAUCCCAAGGAGCAACGUACGUAUGGCGCCACUGGGCCUGGCACAGGCCCCCCUCUGUUCGUGUGUGCGCGUGUGCGCGUUGCGCUAACAUGCUGGGCAGACUUGUUGACUCCUGAGACUCCAAUUGUGGUGGUUGACUCUAAUCCCCGGCGUGUCAUCGCGGAAACACAGCGUGGAGCAGCACGGAUGCAGCAGCAAAGCCGCAUCUUAGAAUUUCCAGUCCGUGGAUAUGGCGAUUCGUUAUACACGGACGUUUUUGAUUCACAAAGAAUCGACUUCAAAUUCUUGGAAACCCAACAAACCAAUAAAAACCUCGACGAUCCACUACCGGACGGGAUUUUUGAGCCUUCGCACAAGAGAGCAGAGCGGAUAGAGCGGUCCAUACGCAACUCUGAAAAGGGACGCGCUCAGCAUGAGAAGGACCAAAUAAUUCGGCUUCUCGAGGGUCUGCAGGGCCAUGAUUGGCUUAGAAUUAUGGGUGUUAGCGGCGUCACAGAAACGAGGAAGAAGUCGUUUGAGCCUGCGCGUGCAUAUUUCAUCAAGGGCUGCCAAGCCAUACUGGACAAAUUCCGCACGUGGAAUUUGGAGGAGAAGCGGCGGAAGUUGGAGAAGGAGAAGGUAUUGCAGGCCGAGCAAGAAGCUGCGCUGGCUCAACAAGAGGGAGACGAGCAGGCAGAACCGCUCAAAGCAGACGAGGUUGAGAAUUCAACUGCAGAAGACGACGUCGACGAGAGCCAAGACGGUAGAGGAGGCACCAAGAUGGGACUUGAUGCGGACGAGGUCUUGGAAGACGCCGAGGAAGAGGUGGUGACAUCACAGAGCGAUACGAGCGAUGCGUCACCUGCCAAGCAGCUUCGUCAAGAGGCUCUGGCAAGGUCCCAGAUGGCAGCCGCAAGUGCCAGAAGGCUCAGGCCACCGCCACGGGUCACGCCGCCCAAAACAGCAGAGGCGCAAAAAGGAUUCACUUCGUUCUUUGGCAAGAAAUAUGAGCGAGACCACGCCCUCAACCGAACGCGUCGCGUUGGCCGCAAGGUGCUGGCUUGGGGCCACCCGAUUCCGGACCUGGAAGAAGCAGACUUUGUUCUGCCGGAGGGGUAUCGCGACGAGGAGCUGCUCAAGUCCAGAGCACGCAGGAAGCGGAGAGACAAGCGUAGGAGUCGGGGCUAA